AUGGCCACCGACGCAACGGUCCCCACUUCCGCCUCCGCCAACGGCGCCGAGCCCACGUCCGCUUCGCCGCUCACCAGCAAGGGUAAGGGCAAGAUGGUCGAGGACACAUCCAUGGACGAUGAUGACGAUGAGGAAGAGGAAGAGGAGGAAGAGGACGAGGACGAGGAGAUGGCCGAGGAGGAAGAGUUCGAAGAAAUCGACACGUCUGCCAUCAUCACUGGGGGCCGCCGCACACGCGGCGUUCGCGUCGACUACUCCUCGGCUGAAGCACACGCGAAAGCGGGCCUUCAGGCAGGCGAGGCCGCCGAGGAUGACGAGAACGAGGACUCGUUCGUCGCCCGGGACGACGACAUGCACGACUAG